AAAUCGCUGCAAAUCGCCAUCUAAUAACUGCGGAAGCAAUGUUGCCAUUUUCGAAUCCGAAGCAGCUAGCCCUCGCCGCCUUCGGCUUGCUCACCGGCGCCACCUGCAUCGCCAUCGGACCGCAUCUCUCUUUCUCCAAUAUCGCUUCUCAGCAGGCCAGAGUUCAGGCCCGCAACGAAUACGUCAGAGCCCGUCUCAGAAAACUCUUCGAAGAUUAAGCCAUAAAAUCUGCUCUUUUUGAUGGAGGCUACAAUAAACUUUCUCAUGGUCUCUGAACGAGAGUGUUUUAUUACGAUAUGAUUUUGGAUUUGCUGGUCAUUCCAUAUAAUUUAGCAGGUUUCAAUGCUGUCUUGUUUGAAGACACUGCCACCGCCAUCAACAACCAGUUAUUUUUCAUCCCCUGCUACACAAGGUGAUUCAGUUGAGAAUACCCCAACGUCAAGUGCUCAAACUGGUCAUAUUGACCUGACUCGAGAAUAUACUAUUGCAGUCCAAACAAGUUCUUAUGGUGAGAUUCGCAGAACAUUUGACCAAGAUAGCUCUUUUGACCAAACCGUAGUUAGCGGACAUUUGGAGGGAAUUGAGGGAGAUCAGUUGUUGGAACAAGUUCUUCAACCAAGCCGUGAGUGUGUUCAAGAGACACUUUCCAUUAUCACGCCCAGCCCGCUUACUGAUCUUGUUGCUACGUACUUCGAACAUAGCGAGGAGACUUCUCGUUUUUGCUUCCUUCUCUACCAGAAAGUCAGUCAGGCUCGCUUGGCAUAUGCUCCUAUUCACCAUCUUCUAGAGGACCUUCCUCUGGAGUUUGAUUCCAACUCAUAUUCCCUCUCUGAUUCCCUGUGCAACUUGGCAUAUAAUGUCUUUCUCCAGUUUGACCGUCUUGAAAAUCCCUUUCUCUCUCAUGCUUCUCAGAACUUCGAUAACAUGCGCCAGCGCUUCUCCCAGCUCACUCAUGAACUCGACCGUCAUCCAGUAAAGCCAAGGUCAAAGGUCCAUCUCCCACGAUAUUGUUCAGCAGAAUCUGCCUUGUGUUUGGUUGCAGUGGCUGUUGGUGUGGCCAUAACAGCCGUAGCAAUAGCUACCCAUGCUCUAGUUGCCCUUGCCGGAAGUCCUUUAUGUUUCGCUCUUUUCCCUUCCAAUAUGAUCAAGAAAAAAAGGUGUAGCCUUGUUCAGGUUGAUGAGGCUUCAAGAAGUGCUUAUGUAUUGCUGAGAGAUCUAGACACAAUUGAUCGCCUGGUGGCCCAUCUAAAUGGAGAUGUUGAAAACGACAAGUUCUCUAUCCGUCAUGCAUUGGAGAGGGACAUCGACAAGUAUCUCAUUCACGAGGUACUGAAACAGCUCAGGAGAAAUCGGCCAAGCUUUAUGGAACGGCUUGCAUAUCUCGAGGACAAUUUGUUUCUAUGUUUUGCUGCAAUAAAUCGGACCAGAGCACGUGUUCUUGAAAAGAUCCAUCCGCAAGAAAGGUAAAACCUCUCUGUGAAGAUUUUCGUGACACCACUACACGCGCAUGCACAAUGGCCCUAGUAUUGGUGUCUGCCAACUGCACAGGCUUUUCCACACUAAAGAUCUCUUGGUGUGUAAAGAGCCAGACUCCUGAUAUCUCUACGGAUUAAGUUGAAGGCAGAACUCUUGAAUCUGAUGAUGGAAUAUCCGCUUACGAUAUUCUACAGUGUAUGGCAGCAGCCGUUUCACCUGCAGGAUUAUGAUUAUGAAACUUACUGCAGGAGAACCUCCCGAAGAUCUAUGAACCUAUUCUGUCAACAUGUUGCAGCUCAACUAGGUUGAAAGAAUGAUGAUAUGGUCAAUACAUUCUUUGGAAGUUGGUUGUGCUAUGGAUGUUAGUCUGCGAACCUGAUCGUCUCGACCCUCUGUACUGACUGCUCUACGGAGUGAUUAUCGCUUUCUGGACUUCCCCUUUAAAAGGUGUGCUAUGUCAAUUAUGCAAAUAGCAUAUUCAACAUCAGUUCUGUAACAUUCCUUAAUAAGUAGCUUUGACUUCACAGUUGGCCAUUUUUUCUGCUUAACAUGAUGAACAUUCCUGAUAUUUGUAAUUCUAGCAUAGGUCUGAACUUAUAGUUGGAGACUUUGAUUCGAAAUUAAUGGUUAGAAGUUUGUAACUGA